AUGGUUGAGGUUUCACUUACUGUCGGUAAACUGGAUGCUUCGUUGGCUCUUUUGCUGACGAAGGACCAUCAUAUCAUCGAAUUUCCUACCAUUCUUCUACCUGAUGGAAUCAGCACUGGAUCAAUUGUUAAGAUUGCUUGUGAGAGAGAUUUCGAAGGUGAGGAAAAGGAGAGCAAACAAUUUGAUGCUUUACAGAAAACAAUUUAUGAAACAUUUGGUAAGCAUGAACCAAAGGAGCCAGCUUUAAAAGUAGUGAACGUUACACAAACUUCGUGUGUUCUAGAAUGGGACCCACUGGAUUUAGGCACUUCCGAACUAAAAGCUCUCACUCUUUAUAAGAAUGGAGCAAAGCUUGGACAGAUAAGGAAUGCAACCACAAAGAAGAAUAUUAAAUUAAGUGGCCUUUCAAUUGACACCAAUUACAAAUUUCAACUACGUAUGGAUACGACAGCCGGCAUCUACCGUUCGAAUCUCUUGGAAAUAACUACCCAUAAGAUGACGGAUCUUAGUGGAAUAACCAUUUGUCUGGGUGAUAUUGAUUUCACCAAAAAUUCUGGAUUUACUUUGCAAGAUAUUGAAGAUGCAGUUUCAAAAAUUGGAGCAAGACCUAUCAGCAAAACAGUUAGAAUAGAUACAACACACUUUGUAUGCACUAACCCAACGGGUGUUGAGUGUGAAAAGGCAAAGAGUAUUAAUAUUCCUGUGGUGAGACCAGAAUGGAUAAAGGCUUGUGAGUUAGAGAGAAGGAUUAUUGGCGUUAACAAGUUUUACUUAAAUUCGGAGAAUCCAAUUUGGAAAGAAAAGGACUUUUGGAAGAAGCAGACGUCUGAGGCUCUUCUCGAAAGUUCUUCACAAAUUGGAGAUGUCUCAAACAUGGCGGAGCAUGGAAAACAAAUGGAUACGCAAGAAAAUCAGGAGGAACCUUCUACGAAGAAGGACAUUGAUGCUGAAAAGGAGAAAUUGCCAAAAUCCGGACAGAUUAAGCCUAUAGGUACAAAGAAUUCCGGAGACGUGGAUUUACAGGAAACCCACAAUGCUGAACCAAAUGGAUCCGACACUUUUGUCGCAGAUAAAAAGGUUGCUGAUGAUAAGGAAUCAGAUGCUUCAGCUGCCAUUCCAAAUUCCGAGGAAAAUACAACUGAGGAUGAGUCGAAGAAGCAUGAAAUUGGUGGCAAGAAAUCAAAGAUUUUGCAAGAGCAAGAUGACAAACAGAAAGUUUGCGAAGAAACCGAUCAUGAAGCUGAUCAUGAAGCCGGAUCCAAGCUGGCAGCUCCCGAUGAACCUCAGAAUGAGGCAGAUCUCCCUAAUAAAUUGAAAGAAAAAUCUAAAGUACAAACCAAUGUGCACGAAUCAGAUAUCACAUCGUCACAUACUCUGAAGAGUUUGGAUAAUAAGGAAAAUGUUGAUUCUAAUGAGGCAAAUAUAAAUGAAACAGGUACUUCGUUAUCUGGGGGUUUAGAUGGUAUUAUUAAAGAGAGUCCAGUUGUUGAUGAAAAGGAAAAUGAACCAAUUAGUGAAAAUAAACAAUCAGAAGGAGCUACAGAGCCAAUGAAGACUGAGAAAGAGCCCUCAGAAAUAGCGAAACUGACCGAAGAAGGUAGUGAUCUCGGCUUAAAGAAAGAGGAUACUGCGGUUGAAAACUUGGAUGGCGUGUUGGAGGAGCCAAAAAUGGAGAGUGUUGAUGAUAAUACCGAUGCUGAUAAAAGUCCAGAAGCAUCGACAGAUGAAAAGAAAAAUGGUCAAGUCACUAAAACUGACCAGGUGAAAAAACAAACGAAGAAGAAGAAGAAAAACAAAAAUAAGCGCGGAAGAAAUAACGGGAAAAGGUAA